AUGGAAGAACUUCCAAAGACCAGAUAUGGAACUAUGACUGAAGGCAGUGUAGAAGAUAACCGGUUUGCAUCAUUAUCCUCACUGAGGCUGGUCCUGGUGGGCAAAUCCGGCUGCGGAAAAAGUGCCACUGGGAACAGCAUCCUCUGCCAGCCUGUGUUUGAGUCCAAGCUGGGGGCCCAGACCGUGACCAGGAGCUGCCAGGUGGCCACAGGCACGUGGAAUGGCAGGAACAUACUGGUGGUUGACACACCCUCUAUCUUUGAGGCAAAGUCCCAGGACCAAGAGAUGUACAAGGACAUUGGGGACUGCUACCUGCUCUCAGCCCCAGGGCCCCACGUGCUGCUGCUGGUAACGCAGCUGGGACGCUUCACUGACCAGGACACGAUGGCAGUGAGGAGGGUGAAGGAGGUCUUUGGGGAAGGAGCCAUGAGACAUGUGGUGGUCCUCUUCACCCGCAAGGAGGACUUAGAGGGUGGGUCCUUGGAUGAGUACAUAGUCAACACAGACAACCACAGCCUGAGGAGCCUGAUCCAGGAGUGUGGGAGGAGGUACUGUGGCUUCAACAACUGGGCCACCGGGGAAGAGCAGAGGGAGCAGCUGGAGGACCUGAUGGCUGUAGUUGAGAGCCUGGAGAGGGAGCACCAGGGCGCCUUCUACACAAAUGACCUCUACUCUGAUGCACAGAGGCUCCAGGUGGGGAGGGGCGGUGCCCUUGGAGAAAAGUACAGGAGCUACCUGGCCAAGGUGCAAGUGCAUGUUGAAAAGCAAAGGGGAGACCUGAAGGAGACCCGGAGUCACUGGGUGUGCAGGGUGCUCCUCAGAGUCGAAAGGUGGAUGUGUUCUCACAUUGGGUUAACUGCCUUUUUUGUGAUAUGCAUUCUGAUUUUUCUUGCCAUUUUAAUUAAUGUGUGUAUUACUCCUGGAUACUGAUCACUUUCAGCUGACUUCUACAAUGGCUUCUCACAUCCCACCACAGAAUCACCAUCUUUGUCUUGAGAAGGCUAACCCCUAUUUUGUAAAACUACUGUUUGGAAUUCUCUGCUGUUUUUCUUAGACGGACUCUUAUUCUAAAAAAAUAACUUUGCUUUCUAGCCUGCUUUAGCCUGCUGGAAUAAUGAGGAAGAUAAAUUAAGCUGUCUGACUGUAUAGGCCAGAGACUAGAUAUGCCCAUAUUUUCAAUGCCAUGCCAGGUGCAUUUUUUAAUUGGAUAGAACUGUGUUGUUUUCAAGGUCAGCAGCAAGAUAACCACUCAGUGCAUGUAGAGCUGUCUCUCUAAUAAAAAGGGAAGUCCUGCUUGUAGCCUUCUUAUAAUUUGAAUUCAUUUUCUCUAAGCCCACCAUGGUGAAUAAAGUGUGACUCCAAACUCUCCAGCAUUGUUUGAUUAUUCCAGUUUUCUGUAACAGUCUAUGUUUCUAAGGUACUUGACUUGCUUUUUGCUUAGAUUCAGUUUGUUUCUAUUUCUUGUAUCAGACAUGUCAUGUGCUUCUAGAUAAAUAAAAUCUGAAGGA